UCACUUCAUACUUCAUAUUUACUAUUAAAUAUUAAUUUAGGUCUGGACUCUGGCUUUUGGAUUUUAAGAAAAUUGUAUUCUUGCGAUUUGGGACAUUAUUACCGCUUUAUUAAAUAAAUGACCAAAUAAUAAUUUUGAUAUUUCACGACUAAAUAAUAUUUUGGUUUGCUUUGAUUUUCAAGUUGGUCGCAGGCCGCAGCGUGUUUCUAUAAUAAUGGAAGGUGUUCAUGUUUUAACACAAGACUUUAUAAAUGUGCAUAUUACAAAAUCUGAUAAUGAAAGUGUGCCUCCUAUUGAACGGAGGUUUAACAAAGGUAUAACAGUGUUGGAUUUUAAGACUAAACUUGAACUGGUUACUGGAGGAACAGCAAGUACCAUGAAACUGAAAGUGUAUGACAACAAGAACAACUUUUUAUGUGAUAUUGACAAUGAUACCGCUUUGCUUGGGUCUUAUCCAAUUGAUGAUGGCAUGAGGAUCCAUGUCAUUGACAAGUUUGUCUUGGUUCAUGAUUUUGAUCAUACUGAUAGUGCAGAGAGGUUUAAGUUAUCAGAAGAAGAAUAUGAAAAAAAGGGUGAUACACUUAGAUCAUUUCUACAAAAAAAUAAGCUUGGGAAAUAUAAUGCAGAAGAGAUGGCUAAGAUGAAAGAGCAGCAGGAAAAAGAGUUAGAGGAAGAAGCAAAGUUAGCUGAGUCAGUCUUAGUUGGUGCAAGGUGUGAGGUACGUGUACCAUCCCAACCUUCCCGGAGAGCUACUGUUCGCUACAAUGGGCCAUUGGAAGGAACAAAAGGCUUGUGGAUUGGUGUACAAUAUGAUGAACCAAGAGGAAAGAAUGAUGGAUCAGUCAAUGGUAAAAGAUACUUCACUUGUCCACCCAAGUAUGGAGGUUUUGUAAAACCAGGUUAUGUUACUGUAGGAGACUUCCCCGAAGAGUCAUUUGAUCUAGAGGAUGAAAUAUGAUCUAAAUCCUAAUGUACCACUUAAUGCUUCUUGAUAUUGAUUUGCGUGCAAAGUAAAAUAUAAUUGCUUAUAUCUAAUCUUCAAUUGGAUGGAUUAUUAGUAGGGAGGGACAUAGUUUCUAACUAAUACAUAAAAUGUAUUAAGUGCGACAGUACCGCGCGCAAAAAUGACGUCAUUAACGUCCCUUGUACGAAGGUCAUAAUGAUAUAAAGAUUGAAGACUGAGGACUAAAAAUAUUUUUGUGCAUGAAUGCAUUAAUUAUAUUCAUAUUUUUUUUAUUUUCGAUCUGCUCUACUUGAUUUUUUAUUUUCAAGUAGUCUUUAUAUUUGUAACAAAAAAACUCAAGACAAUAUCGUGAUUUAUUUUUUAAUAUUAGUUUUUAGACCAAUAUUUUUAUAUUAUUGCAAAUAAACAACGUAAUUGAGCUUUUAUAUAGUUUUAAUAACAUUCUGAUUUGUUCUUUAUACCUAUACAAAUUCGUUUGUGAAUAAAAAAGUUGUUAAUGCAGGAAUAAUUCUGCAUAAAUUAAUCAAGUAGCUUGAAAAGUAUCAAGCCACUACCCUAAAUAUAUUGUAAAAAAAGCUAAGCGUCUGCUUAGUACAACUAACGGGCUAAUAAAUUAUAAUUUUAUUUA